AUGACAAGAUAUAAGAGGAGAAGGUGUGGGACACAAUAUAUCUUUGGUUUGGAUGAAACUGAAAAAAUCACAACUGCUACUUACUUACUUACUUCAUUGUUUAAGCUGUCUCUAUCAAAUAAUUAUGUGAGGUCAUGUCCUUCUGAUUUAGGGGCGGGCAGGCAUAGGGGGGUUAAUGCUAGAGUAAAGAGAACCUUUAGGCUUAGAUUCGGGAGUUGGAAUGUAGGCACCCUUAAGGGAAAGUUUUUAGAGCUAGGAGAUGCCCUAUCUAGAUGUAAUGUAGACAUUGCAUGCUUUCAAGAAACUAGGUGGACGGGGAAAAGUACUAGAGAGGAGAACGGAUACAAGCUAUGGUACUCUGGAGCGCCUAAGUCGAUUAACGGAGUAGGGAUCAUCAUGACCGAACGACUUAAAGAUUUCGUUGUGCAAGUGGAAAGACACGGGGAUAGGUUGAUGUUGGUGAGAUUGGUGAUACAAGAGGAGACAAUAAACGGGAUCAGCGCGUAUGCUCCCCAGUCGGGCCAGAAAGCGGGAGAGAAGAAGAGUUUUUGGGACUCUCUGGAUGAACUUGUGAGGAGUUGCCCUGUUGACCAACGACUAGUGUUAGGAGGAGACUUAAACGGGCAUAUAGGAGUAGAGUCAGACGGCUACGCGGGUGUACACGGGGGAUUAGGCUUUGGAGUGAGGAACGAUGAGGGUCGCACGAUAUUGGAGUUUGCUACUGCACACGAUCUGGUUAUUGCAAACUCGUUUUCCGAAAGAGGGAUUCUCAGCUGA